CGGAAGAGGCGGCACGUGUAGCAAGCAUGGCUCCAGGAGGCAAGAUUAACAGACCGAAAACUGAACUUGGAAAAAAACUUUUUAAACGCAGGCGAACGUUGUCAAAGGAAAAGCGGCAUAAGCACAAAAUUGUAGGAGCAGUAGUUGACAAAGGACUCAUUACUGUUCAUCACCUAAAGAAGAGAGUUUCCAGUCCGCGAGCAAAUAUCACUCUAUCAGGAAAGAAGCGCCGCAAGCUGAUCAAACAGUUACAACACAUGGAGCGUGAGAAAGCAUCUGUGGAAGCGGAAGCGGCACCAGUGAAAAAAGCUCCUUCUUCUGCAUCCAGGAAGAAAAAGAAGACCACAGCCGACCAAGAUGUGGAAAUGGAAGAGGUGCAAAGUGCUCAGUGAGACCUGCACUGACUCAUGAGAGACA